GCCCUACCCGUGCCACAAAAUUUGAAUUCUUUCUCUUUCUCUCUCUCCAUCACAAAGUUACAACCUUUUUCUAAAACAAAUUAUUGGGCAGCAAUGUUUGGGAUAACACACCCUUGUUGAAAUUCAAAUCUACUCUUUCUUUCUCUUUUGAGCUUCCACUACUAUGACCCUUCCUUUUUCUGCAACUAUUUUCUUUCUCUAGUUCAAUUCAAUAGUUCAAUUUCAUGGGUACAUGUUUGAGUAAGAAGAAAGAGUCUUCUACUUCAACCAAGUCAACCACAACAACAUCUGUUGAGUUUGAGUGGAAGAACAACUCUUCUUGUAAGAAUGGUAUCACAGUGUCCAAACCAGAAGUGAAAACUCAACAAGAAGUGAAGCUGAAGAAUGAGAAUAAUAAGAAACAUGUUGAUUCAGUACAAGAACAUAGAGGGCAAGUUAAAAAAGAGAUUUUUAUCAUUAAACAUAGGAAGAGUCAUGAUGAUAAAGACAGAAAUUCUAGUAUUGAAGGAUCUGAGUUAAUGGGUAUGAGAACUUCAAGCUGUACUAAAGAAGAUGUAGAUGCAAUUCUUAUACAUUGUGGUAGACUCAGCAGAAAUUCUUCAGGUAAAGCUUCUUCCUUUAGGGAACAAAGGAGGAGAUUCUCAAGUUCAAAGAGAAGUAAUGAUUUUGAUAACUGUGAUAAUGAUGCAAUUUGCUAUGAAAAGGACCAAAAAAUUAGUGGUUUUUAUGAGGAUGGUGAUUGGAAAGAACCUGCAGAGAAGUUUUACCAGCAUCUACAAUCUCCAAGGUCACUUUCAAUGGAUAGAAAUAGAAGAAGAACACCAAGUAGGGAAAGAGAGCAGCAACAAUGUUCAAGCAGCAGAGAGAGGAGAAUUAGUAUCUCACCUGUAAGAAGAUGUACAGAUACAACCACAACACUGAAUGCAAGAAACAAUACCAAUACUAGUUCUAUGCCUGCUAAAAUGGUAUCUGUUCCUGCUACUGUUACAUCCCUUGUAAUGGAUAAGAGUUAUAAUAAUGGUUGUGGAGGUGGAGAAUCUGCAGCAGCUACAGCUCGUAUCAGGAGGAUUACAGUUAGGAGAAAUGUUGGUUCGCCGCGUUCUCAGUCUCCUGCAAGAGCAAAUGGGAAUGCAGUAAAUCAGCAGCAGGAACUAUCGUUUAGCCGAAAUUCCUCGAGGAAAAAAGAAGAAUCGCCAUACAGAAGAAAUCCACUGAGUGAGCUUGAAUCUAACUACCUUGCUAUUCCACAUUCAACAGCCAAUAGCAACAGCAGCUGGGUGCAAAACAGAUCCAAAAAGGAAGUUGAAACAGAAGAUAAUCAGAAACCAAAUGCCAGCAGAAGUGCAUUGGACAAGUGUGUGGAUGUCAAUUGUAAAACAAAAUUACAACAAGAUGAAGAUGUCAAAGUGAAGUCUUCAAUGAUUGAUAAUGUUGUUGUCAAGACAAUGGGGCCACAAGUGGUUGAAAACCUAAAGCCCCAUACAUUAACAAGAACAAGAUCUUCGAGGAGAUCGCGAGACUUAGAGUUAGACCUCAGCCCUGAAGCUCUAUCGAUUCCUCCACAGUCCUACACCUCACUACUUCUUGAAGAUAUCCAGAACUUCCAUCAAAAGAACACACCAUCACCACCAUCACCACCCGUUUCUCUCCCAGCUUGUGUCGCCAGAGCUUGCUCUAUCCUUGAAGCUGUUGCUAAUCUCAACUCCAAUACAAGCUCAAACUUGUCUGGUGUAGGGGAAAGGAGAAAUCCACUAGGUUUCCAGUCCAGUAGGAAUGAGUACAAUGUUCCAUUGGGUACUAGUAAUAGCUAUGGGAAGAGUGUGGCAGAUACCAAGGCUCCAAUUGUAGAGUCUGAGUUAAUUGUUUAUGAUGAUAUGGUCGAAUCAAGCUUACAUAAGUUUGAGACAAUGGAUAAGGGUGGUUCAAACAUGGAGGAACAAGAGUCUUCGGGAAGCAACAGCUUAACUGUCAGUAGUGCAAAACUGCGGCGUGGCAUUUCUUCUUCUUGUGAACCCAGUUCUACUGAUUCAAAAGAUUGCUGGACUGUUAGAACGAACAACGGAAGAGAGGAUGGUCAGAAAAUUCCAUUAGGCUUGGAAGCAAGGGUGUCUCCUGUAGCAAGGCGAGCGAACGUGGAUGGAGCAAAGAGGAAAUUGAACAGCAAAAAGAGAGUGUGUGAUCGACAACAUGACAAUGAGACGGGGCGUGGCAGGCUUGGUGCCAAUAAUGUUCUUCACAUGAAACCAGUUGUCACAGCAGCUGCAUCCACAUAAAUCAUAAAUGAAAUCACAUUCAUCUUUUUGUCAUUAAUAGUCCCAUGAGUUUGAUGUUCCUUUUUGUUUGGCGUUGCAAACUCUGCAACCAGUUUUCAUUUAAUUAAGGUCCAUGUGAAUACUCUAUGUUGUUCCUGUUUCACUUGUAACAACAGUAUGUUUCUUUAUUUCUUCAAAUCAGAAAUGCAUAAAAAGGAUCAGUUCCAUUAUGUU